CCCCCUUUUCCCCCCCCCCCUCCCCCCUUUCCCCAACCCCCCCCCCCCCCCCCCCCUUCCCCCCCCCCCUUUCCCCCCCCCAAAAAAAAAAAACCCCCAACCCCCCCCCCCCCCCCUUUCCCCCCUUUUUUCCCCCCCCCCCCCUUUACCCCCCCCCCCCCCCCCCCCCCUUUUCCCCCCCCCCCACCCCCUUUUUUCCCCCCCCCCCCCCCCCCCCCCUUUUUUUUUUCCCCCCCCCCCCCCCCCCCUUUCCCCCCCCCCCCCCCUUUUUCCCCCCUUUUUCCCCCCCCACCCCCCCCCCCCCCCCCCAAAAACCCCCCCCCCCCCCCCCCCCCCCCCCCCUUUUCCCCCCCCAAAAACCCCCCCCCCCCCCCCAACCCCCAAAAAACCCCCCCCAAACCCCCCCCCCCCCCCUUUCCCCCCCCCCCCCCCCACCCCCCCCCCCCCCCCCCCCCCCCCCCCCCCCCCCCCCCCCCCCCCCCCCCCCCCCAAAAAAAAUUUUUGGGUUUUUUCCCCCAAAAAACCCCCCCAAAAACCCCCCCCCCCCCCCCCCCCCCUCCCCCCCCGGGGAAAAAACCCCCCCCCCCACCCCAAAAACCCCCCCUUUUCCCCCCCCCCCCCCCCCCCCCCCCCCCUCCCCAAAACCCCCCCCCCCUUUUUUUUUUUUUUUUUCCCCCCCCCCCCCCCCCCUUUUUUUUUUUAAAAAAAAAAAACCCCCCCCCCCCCCCUUCCCCCCCUUCCCCCCCCUUUUUUCCCCCCCCCCGCCCCCCCCCCCCCCCCCCCCCCCCCCCUUCCCCCCCCCCCCCCCCCCCCCCCCCCCAAAACCCCCCCCCCCCCCCCCCCUUUCCCCCCCCCCCCCCCCCCCCCCCCCCCCCCCCCCCCCCCCCCCCCCCCCCUUUUUUUUCCCCCCCCCCCCCCCCCCCCCCCCCCCCCCCCCCCCCAAAACCCCCCCCCCCAAAACCCCCCCCCCCCCCCCCCCGGGGGGAAAUUUCCCCCCCCCCCCCAAAACCCCCCCCCCCCCCCCCCCCCCCCCCCCCCUUUUUAAAACUUUCCCCCCCCCCCCCCCCCCCCCCCCCCCCCCGCCCCCCCCCCCCCCCCCCCCCCCCCCCCCCCCCUUUUUUUCCCCCCCCCUUUCCCCCCCCCCCCCCCCCCCCCUUUUUUUCCCCCCCCCCCCCCCCCCCCCCUUUCCCCCCCCCCCCCCCCUUUUCCCCCCCCCCCCCCCCCCAAUUUUUUUCCCCCCCCCCCCCCCCCUUUUUCCCCCCCCUUUUUUCCCCCCCCCCCCCCCCAAAAAAUUUUUCCCCCCCCCCCCCUUUUCCCCCCCCCCCCCCCCCAAACCCCCCCCCCCCCCCCCCCACCCCCCCCCCCCCCCCCCCCCCCCCCCCCCCCCCCCCCUUUUCCCCCCCCUUUCCCCCCCCCUUUUCCCCCCCCCUUUCCCCCCCCCCCCCCCCCCCCCCCCCCCCCCCUUUCCCCCAACCCCCCCCCCCCCCCCCCCCCCCCCCCCCCCCCCCCCCCCCCCCCCCCUUCCCCCCCCCAAAACCCCCCCCCCCCCCCCCCCCCCCCCCCCCCCCCCCCCCCCCUUCCCCCCCCCCCCCCCCCCCUCCCCCCCCCCCCCCCCCCAAACCCCCCCCCCCCCCCCCCCCCCCUCCCCCCCCCCCCCCCCCCCCCUUAAAAACCCCCCCCCCCCUUCCCCUUUUUUUCCCCCCCCCCCCCCCCCUCCCCAAACCCCCCCCAAACCCCCCCCCCCCCCCCCCCCCCCAAUUUCCCCCCCCCCCCCCCCCACCCCCCCCCCCCCCAAAAAAACCCCCCCCCCCCCCCCCCUUUUUAAAACCCCCCCCCCCCUUUUUUAAAAAACCCCCAACCCCCCCCCCCCCCCCCCCCCCCUUAAAAAACCCCCUUUUUUUUCCCCCCCCCCCCCCCUUUUUUUACCCCCCCCCCCCCCCCCAAACCCCCCCCCCCCCUUUUUUUCCCCUUUUCCCCCCCCCCCCCCCCCCC